CGAAGAUCGGCGAGAGUUGGGGGACAAGAAGCAGCGCGCAAGUCGAUCCCCGGGUCAUCGCGUUCGAAUUCCACAGGCCCACGAUGCCAGUGAACCCACUCACCCCAGUACUUGAACGGAUGAGUUUCCCUCCCCUACAGGCUUGAUCUCGCCUCUCUCCCAGCGGUAUCGCUUGCAGAGGGGGACCCUCCGAGCAUCAUCCAGCAUGUGGCAUCCUCUAUCAAGCUCCCUCGUUACUAUAUCUUCGCUAGCAUGUGCGAUUCAAGCACCUGGGGUGGCUAAAGCGUUAUCCCCCCACGGGGCUGCUGGGACGGGAGCAGGACUCCGCCGUGGCGCGUCCCUCGACGCGCCGCUCCUUCACAAGGACCCGGCAAGGGUUCUGUCGAUGCCGCUGCGGCGCGUGGAACACCGAGACGGUGCCGGGACCCCCAGUCUGUCUAGGCGUUUCUUCGGCGCCAACGUCCUAGGCGUCUACGGAACAGCGUAUUUCGCGGAGCUGACCAUCGGCACGGGCAGCGACACGCGGCAGACGAUGGAUGUCCUCAUCGACACGGGCUCCUUCGAGCUGUGGGUGAACCCAGAUUGCUCCGCCUCAAGCUUGCCGGACAUGUGCGAGGCACUCGGCCGCUACGAUCCAGGAGCGUCCUCUACGGCGCAGAGCCUCCGCAGCGCAAGCAGUAAUAAUCGUAGCACGACAUUCUCGAUCAGGUACGGGCGCGGCAGCGUGUCGGGGGCGUACUACACCGACGAUGUGUAUAUUUCUGGGGCUAAGAUUGAGGGCCAGCAGUUCGGCGUCGCAAAUCAGUCGAGCGACGUGUGGUUUGGCAUUCUAGGCCUCGGUCACAGCCAAGCCGACAGCACAUCAUCGUAUCCCCUCGUUGUCGACUCGGUGGCCGCGCAGGGGUACGCGAAUAGCCGGCUGUUCAGCCUGGACCUAGGCAACCAGCCCGAUCCUGGAGGUAAAUUGUGUCCUAUCUGGAGUCGCUGUUACGGGGGAACUGGUCUUCGGAGGCGUUGACACGAACAAGUACUCGGGAUACCUAGGAAAGGUCCCCGCUGACCCUUCAGACCCGCACUACGCCGUAAUGCUCAACGCAGUCUCCGUCCGGCCGCCGGGCCCUGGCGGCGCCGGCCUC